AUUACAUGUCCAUGGAAGGACCUAUUGAAAUAUGAAACCUUGUGUUUCAUUGGUAUUUCACUGUUCAGCUGGCUUGUUUUUUCCUUUUUAUUCCUUGUCCUCCUUCAUUAAAUCAUAAAAGUAUCAAGUCACUGAAUGGUAUAGAGGGUUUAAUAUCCUUUAGAUUAAAUCUUCCUUGGUUUGCAAUUAUGCAGAUGUUUCAGAAAGAGCAAGUGGAUCCUCUUCAGAUGAAAUUGCAGCAGGUGAAUGGACUUGGCCAGGGAUUAAUUCAGAGUGCAGGAAAAAACUGUGAUGUGCAGGGCUUAGAACAUGACAUGGACGAGAUCAAUGCUCGAUGGAAUACACUGAAUAAGAAGGUUGCACAAAGAAUCGCACAACUACAGGAGGCUUUGUUGCAUUGUGGAAAGUUUCAAGAUGCCUUGGAGCCAUUGCUCAGCUGGUUGGCAGACACAGAAGAGCUCAUAGCCAGUCAGAAACCUCCAUCUGCUGAGUAUAAAGUAGUGAAAGCACAGAUCCAAGAACAGAAGUUGCUCCAACGGCUCCUAGAUGAUCGCAGGGCCACAGUAGACAUGCUUCAAGCAGAAGGAGGGAGAAUUGCCCAAUCAGCUGAGCUAGCUGAUAGAGAGAAAAUCACUGGGCAGUUGGAGAGUCUUGAAAGUAGAUGGACUGAACUGCUCAGCAAGGCAGCAGCCAGGCAAAAACAACUGGAAGAUAUCCUGGUUCUGGCCAAACAAUUCCAUGAGACAACUGAGCCUAUUUCUGACUUCUUAUCUGUCACAGAGAAAAAACUUGCUAACUCAGAACCUGUUGGUACUCAGACUGCCAAAAUUCAGCAGCAGAUCAUUCGGCAUAAGGCUCUGAAGGAAGAAAUAGAAAACCAUGGAACAGAUGUGCACCAGGCAGUCAAAAUUGGGCAGUCCCUCUCCUCCCUGACAUGUCCUGCAGAACAGGGUGUGCUGUCAGAAAAGCUAGACUCAUUGCAGGCCCGAUACAGUGAGAUUCAAGACUGGUGCUGUCGGAAGGCAGCCCUGCUUGAACAAGCACUGUCCAAUGCUAGACUGUUUGGGGAAGAUGAGGUGGAGGUGCUCAACUGGCUGGCUGAGGUUGAGGACAAGCUCAGUUCAGUGUUCAUAAAGGAUUACAGACAGGAUGUCCUACAGAAACAGCAUGCUGACCAUCUGGCUUUAAAUGAAGAGAUUGUUAAUAGAAAGAAGAAUGUAGAUCAAGCUAUUAAAAAUGGUCAGGCUCUUCUAAAACAAACCACAGGUGAAGAGGUGUUACUUAUCCAGGAGAAACUGGAUGGAAUAAAGACCCGCUACGCAGAUAUCACAGUCACUAGUUCCAAGGCCCUCCGGACUUUAGAGCAAGCCCGGCAGCUGGCCACUAAGUUUCAGUCUACAUAUGAAGAACUGACUGCAUGGCUAAGGGAGGUGGAGGAGGAGCUGGCAACCAGUGGAGGACAGUCUCCCACAGGGGAGCAGAUACCCCAGUUUCAACAAAGACAGAAGGAAUUGAAGAAGGAGGUCAUGGAGCACAGGCUGGUGUUGGACACAGUGAAUGAGGUGAGCCGUGCUCUCUUAGAGCUGGUGCCCUGGAGAGCCAGAGAAGGGCUAGAUAAACUUGUGUCUGAUGCCAACGAGCAGUACAAACUGAUCAGCGACACUAUUGGACAAAGAGUGGAUGAAAUUGAUGCUGCUAUUCAGAGAUCACAACAGUAUGAACAGGCUGCUGAUGCAGAACUAGCUUGGGUUGCUGAAACAAAACGGAAACUCAUGGCACUGGGUCCAAUUCGCCUAGAACAGGACCAAACCACAGCUCAGCUGCAGGUACAGAAGGCUUUCUCUAUUGACAUCAUUCGCCACAAAGAUUUAAUGGAUGAACUCUUCAGUCACCGUGGUGAAAUCUUUGGGACAUGUGGAGAGGAACAGAAAGCUGUAUUACAGGAAAAGACAGAGUGUCUAAUACAACAAUAUGAAGCCAUUAGUCUACUCAAUUCAGAGCGUUAUGCCCGCCUAGAGCGAGCACAAGUCUUGGUGAACCAGUUUUGGGAAACUUACGAAGAGCUUAGCCCUUGGAUUGAGGAAACUCGGGGACUAAUAGCACAGUUACCUCCUCCAGCAAUUGAUCAUGAACAGCUCAGGCAGCAGCAAGAGGAAAUGAGGCAACUAAGGGAAUCCAUUGCUGAACACAAACCUCAUAUUGAUAAACUAUUAAAAAUAGGCCCACAACUAAAAGAAUUAAACUCUGAAGAAGGGAAAAUGGUGGAAGAAAAAUACCAGAAAGCAGAAAGCAUGUAUGCUCAAAUAAAAGAAGAGGUGCGGCAACGGGCCCUGGCUCUGGAUGAGGCUGUUUCCCAGUCUGCUCAGAUUACAGAGUUCCAUGAUAAAAUCGAGCCAAUGUUGGAGACUCUGGAGAAUCUUUCCUCUCGCCUGCGUAUGCCACCCCUGAUCCCUGCUGAAGUAGACAAGAUCAGAGAGUGCAUUAGUGACAAUAAGAGUGCCACCAUGGAAUUAGAAAAACUGCAGCCAUCCUUUGAGGCUCUGAAGCGCCGUGGAGAAGAGCUCAUUGGACGAUCUCAAGGAGCAGACAAGGAUCUGGCUGCAAAAGAAAUCCAGGACAAACUGGAUCAAAUGGUAUUCUUCUGGGAGGACAUCAAAGCUCGGGCUGAGGAGCGAGAAAUGAAAUUCCUUGAUGUCCUUGAAUUAGCGGAGAAGUUCUGGUAUGAUAUGGCAGCUCUCCUGACCACCAUCAAAGACACCCAGGAUAUUGUCCAUGACUUGGAAAGCCCAGGCAUUGACCCAUCCAUCAUCAAGCAGCAGGUCGAAGCUGCUGAGACUAUUAAGGAGGAGACAGAUGGUCUGCAUGAGGAGUUGGAAUUCAUUCGAAUCCUUGGAGCAGAUUUGAUUUUUGCCUGUGGAGAAACUGAGAAGCCUGAAGUGAAGAAGAGCAUUGAUGAGAUGAAUAAUGCUUGGGAGAACUUAAACAAAACAUGGAAAGAAAGGCUGGAAAAACUUGAGGAUGCCAUGCAAGCUGCUGUGCAGUAUCAGGACACUCUGCAGGCUAUGUUUGACUGGCUAGAUAACACUGUGAUCAAACUAUGCACCAUGCCCCCAGUGGGCACGGACCUCAACACUGUCAAAGAUCAGUUAAAUGAGAUGAAGGAAUUCAAAGUUGAAGUUUACCAACAGCAAAUUGAGAUGGAGAAGCUCAAUCACCAGGGCGAAUUGAUGUUAAAGAAAGCUACUGAUGAAACAGACAGAGACAUUAUACGAGAACCACUGACAGAACUCAAACACCUCUGGGAGAACCUGUGUGAGAAAAUUGCCCACAGACAGCAUAAGCUAGAAGGUGCUCUCUUGGCCCUUGGCCAGUUCCAGCAUGCCUUAGAGGAACUAAUGAGUUGGCUGACUCACACUGAAGAAUUGCUAGAUGCUCAGAGACCAAUAAGUGGAGACCCAAAAGUCAUUGAAGUUGAACUUGCAAAGCACCAUGUUCUUAAAAAUGAUGUUUUGGCUCAUCAAGCCACAGUGGAAACAGUCAACAAAGCUGGCAAUGAACUUCUUGAAUCUAGUGCUGGAGAUGAUGCCAGCAGCUUAAGGAGCCGUUUGGAAACUAUGAACCAGUGCUGGGAGUCAGUGCUGCAGAAAACAGAAGAGAGGGAGCAGCAGCUUCAGUCAACACUACAGCAGGCCCAGGGUUUCCACAGUGAAAUUGAAGAUUUCCUCUUGGAACUGACUAGAAUGGAGAGCCAGCUUUCUGCCUCUAAGCCCACAGGAGGACUUCCUGAAACUGCUAGGGAGCAGCUUGAUACACACAUGGAACUCUAUUCCCAGCUGAAAGCCAAGGAGGAGACUUAUAAUCAUUUGCUUGACAAGGGCAGGCUCAUGCUCCUGAGCCGUGACGAUUCUGGGUCUGGCUCUAAAACAGAGCAGAGUGUGGUACUCUUGGAACAGAAGUGGCAUAUAGUUAGCAGUAAGAUGGAAGAAAGAAAGUCAAAGCUGGAAGAAGCUCUCAACCUGGCAACAGAAUUCCAGAAUUCUUUACAAGAAUUUAUCAACUGGCUCACUCUGGCAGAACAAAGUUUAAACAUUGCUUCUUCCCCCAGCUUGAUUCUAAACACUGUCCUUUCCCAGAUAGAGGAACACAAGGUCUUUGCUAAUGAAGUAAAUGCUCAUCGAGACCAAAUCAUUGAACUGGAUCAAACCGGAAAUCAGUUAAAGUUCCUUAGCCAAAAACAAGAUGUUGUUCUGAUCAAGAAUUUGUUGGUUAGCGUCCAGUCUCGGUGGGAGAAGGUUGUCCAGCGAUCUAUAGAAAGGGGGCGGUCACUAGAUGAUGCCAGAAAACGGGCAAAACAAUUCCAUGAAGCUUGGAAAAAACUGAUUGAUUGGUUAGAAGAUGCAGAGAGUCAUCUGGAUGCAGAACUGGAAAUAUCCAAUGACCCAGACAAAAUCAAACUUCAGCUUUCUAAACAUAAGGAGUUUCAGAAAACUCUUGGUGGCAAGCAGCCUGUGUAUGAUACCACAAUUAGAACUGGUAGAGCACUAAAAGAGAAAACUUUGCUUGCCGAUGAUGCUCAGAAACUCGACAACUUAUUGGGAGAAGUCAGAGACAAAUGGGAUACUGUUUGUGGCAAGUCUGUAGAGCGGCAACACAAGCUGGAAGAAGCCCUGUUGUUUUCUGGCCAGUUCAUGGAUGCUUUGCAGGCCCUGGUUGACUGGCUGUACAAGGUGGAGCCACAGCUGGCUGAGGACCAGCCAGUGCAUGGGGACCUUGACCUUGUCAUGAACCUCAUGGAUGCCCAUAAGGUUUUCCAGAAGGAACUGGGAAAGCGAACAGGCACUGUUCAAGUCCUGAAGCGCUCAGGGAGAGAACUGAUUGAGAACAGCCGAGAUGACACCACCUGGGUAAAAGGGCAGCUCCAAGAACUAAGCACUCGCUGGGACACUGUGUGCAAACUCUCUGUUUCCAAGCAAAGCCGACUUGAGCAGGCCUUAAAACAGGCAGAAGAGUUUCGGGACACGGUCCACAUGCUGUUGGAGUGGCUUUCUGAAGCAGAGCAAACCCUUCGCUUUCGGGGGGCACUUCCUGAUGACACAGAGGCCCUGCAGUCUCUCAUUGACACCCAUAAGGAAUUCAUGAAGAAAGUGGAAGAAAAGCAAGUGGAUGUAAAUGCAGCGGUAGCCAUGGGAGAAAUCAUCCUGGGUGUCUGCCAUCCUGAUUGCAUCACGACUAUCAAACACUGGAUCACAAUCAUCCGAGCUCGAUUUGAGGAGGUCCUAACGUGGGCGAAGCAGCACCAGCAGCGCCUAGAAGCAGCCCUGUCAGAACUGGUGGCUAAUGCCGAGCUGCUAGAAGAACUUCUGGCAUGGAUCCAGUGGGCUGAGACUACCCUCAUUCAGCGGGAUCAGGAGCCAAUCCCUCAGAAUAUCGACCGAGUUAAAGCCCUUAUUGCUGAGCAUCAGACAUUUAUGGAGGAGAUGACACGCAAGCAACCUGAUGUGGACCGCGUCACCAAGACAUACAAAAGGAAGAAUAUAGAGCCUACCCAUGCUCCUUUCAUUGAGAAAUCCCGCAGUGGUAGCAGAAAAUCUUUGAGUCAUCCCACACCUCCUCCCAUGCCAAUCCUCUCACAAUCUGAAGCAAAAAACCCACGAAUCAAUCAGCUCUCUGCCCGCUGGCAACAAGUAUGGCUGUUAGCACUGGAGCGCCAGCGGAAGCUGAAUGAUGCUUUGGAUAGACUAGAGGAGUUGAAGGAAUUUGCCAACUUUGACUUUGAUGUCUGGAGGAAAAAGUAUAUGCGUUGGAUGAAUCACAAAAAGUCUCGAGUCAUGGAUUUCUUCCGCCGCAUUGACAAGGACCAAGAUGGGAAGAUAACACGUCAGGAGUUUAUCGAUGGAAUUUUAGCCUCCAAGUUCCCUACCACCAAGUUAGAGAUGACUGCUGUGGCUGACAUUUUUGACAGGGAUGGGGAUGGCUACAUUGACUACUAUGAAUUUGUGGCUGCUCUCCAUCCCAACAAGGAUGCUUAUCGACCAACAACUGAUGCAGAUAAAAUUGAAGAUGAGGUCACAAGACAAGUAGCUCAAUGCAAGUGUGCAAAAAGGUUUCAGGUGGAGCAGAUCGGAGAGAAUAAAUACCGGUUCUUCCUCGGCAAUCAGUUUGGGGAUUCUCAGCAGUUGCGGCUGGUCCGUAUUCUGCGCAGCACAGUGAUGGUCCGUGUUGGUGGAGGAUGGAUGGCCUUGGAUGAAUUUUUAGUGAAAAAUGAUCCCUGCAGAGUUCACCAUCCUGGGAGUAAAAUAAAGCGCUCUGAUUCCAGCUCUUCGAUUUCCACACGAGGUAGAACUAACAUUGAGCUG